AUGCGUUUGGGACGAAUAAUCGGCUGGAUUGUGGCGGUGUUUGCCGGCACGGUAGCAAGUCGCGAGGAAGCGAAAACAUUUCCUGGCGCCUCGAUCUUGCUGCCAGCCGUGUUGCCGAUCAUUGGAACGAUCAUUCCCUCGCUCAUUCCGGGUAGCGGUGGUCCACCUGGAGUGAGCGGGGGACUUCCGGGAGUGUCCAUUUCCCACUCAACGUCGAUUGCCACGUCGGUGCACAACCGACCAAUUGCUGUAAGUCACAGCGGAUCGGUAUCGACGACUGGGAACACGGAUGCCGGAUCAGCUGCUUCCGCUGGUUCGGUGAGUGCUCAGAGCAGUUCCGGGACGAGUCGGAAAGCUAGUUCCUUCAAGGCACCGUUGCUGAGCAAGCCCUGGCGGAAGUUUUUUAAACAGUUGGGAUGA